GAACUGCUAAGUAGAGUGUUUUAUCUAAAGUCACCUGGUCUUCUACAGCAAAGAUAAGUGGUUGUUACAGCAAAGAUACGUGGUUGUUACAGCAAAGAUACGUGGUUGUUACAGCAAAGAUACGUGGUUGUUACAGCAAAGAUACGUGGUUGUUACAUUUAUCCUGAAAGUCAACUAUACAGUGUCGCGCAAAGUGAAAUAGUAUUUGCUUUUUUUACAAAUGCAAGAGCAGAGGCUGAUUUCAACAUUCAUCAAACGAACAUAACCUACAGAUUGAAAUGUUUAUGAGGUGCUCCUGGCUAAAUCCCCUCCGCUACAAUGUACUGAACUGAACGGUACAUCGGUGUCAAACAUUGUAUUACAUUACUGUAUUAAAGACUGGAUACAGGAAAGAUUUGAAGAUCAAAACGUUUUCACCAUAAAGGAAAAUGUCUCCGUCUCCGAGAUGCCCCCUUGCUGUGUUCCUGACAUUAAGCUUUAUAUCAGGGCUGCUGCAGACGUGUGCUGGUUCAGCUGUGGGCCCCGGGCACCGAGCCAAGAGGAGUGCAACAUGCAAAGACAAGUAUAGGCAAGUGACGGGCCAUUCUGCUUGUAUUGCGAGCUCAAGUCAAGUGUCAGAAUCAGGGAUUUCCGACGCUGACAAAACUCUAAUCGUUACCCAACACAACAGUCAUAGAAAUAGCGUUACCCCACAGGCAACAAACAUGCUUAAAAUGUCCUGGGACGAUGAAAUAGCGAGCAUAGCACAGCACUGGGCAGAGGCGUGCUUAUUAAAGCAUGACAGUAACGACCAGAGAGCCAUUCCAGGUUCCAUGAACGUUGGCCAGAACAUCGCCUCUGGCACCCAGAACUGGACACAUGCUGUUACCCUGUGGCAUGACGAGGUCGACGAUUUCACGUUUGGGGGAAAUAACUCAUUUGGAAGUGUCGGACACUAUACCCAGCUGGUGUGGGCGGACACUCAGAAGAUUGGUUGUGGAUAUGCAAUGUGCGGCGCGACUUCAUUCUAUGUGUGCAACUACGGGCCAGCUGGGAACGUUGGUGGAUUCAACAUGCCUUACAAAAACGGGACCACGAAUGAAUGCAGCGUUGAACACAAAGAUGGCAAUUUGUGCGAUUGUAAUGUAACCUGCUUAAAUGGCGCCAGUGUGUCUCGAGACGAUUGUACAUGUGUGUGUAAAGUGUACCCGUUCUACACUGGAGACAACUGCCAACUUGAAUGCAACAAAGCCGAGAAGGACCCCGACACAUGUAACACGGCAUAUGGAGAUUAUGCCUGUUCCAUUAUUGCUGUCGACUGUCCAAACAAAUGCCACGUGUGUCCAUAUGCGGGCAUUCACUACACAGAGGGCAACAAGCAGGGUCGACUGACUGGUGACCUCGUACUGGCCACUGGCAUGGUUGCCCUUGCCUGGAUCAGAAACCUUUACCUGUAAUACCAGCUUAGACCACUUGUAAAGUGUAUAUAGUCAAAUAUAUUAACAUCACUAUUAAAGUAACAUGCAAGUUUCAUGAUCAUGAUAAUUGAAAACAAUAUGGAACCAAACAGGAAAUUAGCAUGCAAACAUUGUACUAAAUUGUUUCAUUACAUACUGCAUGUUUUAAAUCUAUAUAUGUAUGUAUGUACAUCGCACGACAAUGACUAAUUGAUGUCUCAUUUCCACAUAUGUCGUUAUACCUCUGUAUUAAAGUAAAUAGACCUGUUUCACUUGAAGAGAUAAUGUAUAUAAGAGGGAACACUCUGCUAAACAUCAGUUACAUUUGAGGAAAUUUUAUUUUUAAUAAAUUGGCAUCUCCACAUCGA